AGUAUUGAAAACAUGUUUCACUUAAUUGUCUAAUAUCAACAGUUUGUCUUAUGUUUUUAAAAUGUCGAUUGAUUUCAACGAUAAAAUAGUAUGUUUCGAGUCUGUUAAGUGCGAUGAUGAAUGGUUGAAUGCAAUUGAUGAAAAUGAUGAUUUUAUACCUAAUCGAGUGCUUCAUACCAGAUACACUAGAGAGGAAGUGUUUCAAAAUUUAAACUGUUUAUGGAAGAUAAAAGCUGAAAACGAUGGAUAUGUUACCAUUGAAAAUAUGGAGUAUAGAGAAUACUAUUUAUACGCCUCGGACCGGCGUAAAAAACAGAAAUUUUAUAUGAGUCUUAAAAAAUUACCCUUCAAAGAAAGGGGUAGGUGGAAAAUUGAAAGCUUUGAACAAGAUAGUACAGCUACUGAGAGAAAAGAUCAAUAUUACAUCAGAAGUCCUCAUAAUAAUCAUGUAGUACAACCCCAUAAAUCUGGACUCGCUAUGCACGGAUCGUCAAAAAAGGAGAAAAAUACUUGGCUAUUACAUCCAAUUCAGGUUUGUAAAAAUCGUGUACUUCUAAAAGAGGUUACCAAUCUGACAUCAGAAAAGCUAAGAAUAAGCAUUACUUCGAAAGUAGGAGUUUUUAAUACUCAUGGAGAAUCCAUAGUAGCAAAUGAGCAAUUGGCUUGUGCGAUUAAUAAAGUAUUUCAAGAAUUGGACACCUGUAUCAGUUUUGCUAUAUCUCAAUUGGAAGGAAAAGCUGUCAAAUGUUCUGAACAGUACAGAGACAUACAGCCAAAACGUAAACUAACUGUAUUUCAACUAACAGGCUUUUAUGGACCAUAUGUCAUAAAAACAAAUAGUAUUGACUGCAAAAUAGAAGAUAUAGAAUAA